AGCACCCAACUACAACACUUAAUCUAUUUUCCUAUUUUCCUACUUUACAUAACAUUAACAAUAAAGUCCAUUUAUGCUUCUCAAACAAGUCUAACAAAAUUCAACUAUAUGGUUGGCCUCACAUCUAACUGAAAUUUAAUCAUAAGCUCUUCUUUACAUAACACUACAUAUUCAUUCAUAACCUAAUCCAAAAAAUAUCAACAUUUCAAAAUGGAACUUCCUUCACCUUCUACAAUACUUAUUGGCCUCUCCUUAGAUUCAAAUGAUAGCAAGGAGCUUCUUUCAUGGACAAUGAGAGUUCUGGCCAAACCAAAUGAUACUAUUGUUGCAGUGCAUGUUCUUGUUGGUGAGAAUAUGAAGAAAAGUGUAUCUGUUAGAAGAAGACAAUCACAUCUUAGACAAGCAAAAGCAUAUGUUAUAUCUGUGCUCGGAGAAUUCGCGCAGACGUGUUGGUCUAAACAGAUUAAUUUGGAGGCUAAAGUGGCAAUGAGUUCCACAAUAGGUGCUGGUUUAGUGAAGGAAGCCGAGUUAAUUUCGGCCGAUUUUCUUCUUCUUCGCGGAACCUCUAAAGGAAUUGCCAAGUAUUGCUUUGAUCAUUUACAUGGAAGUUGCACAAUGGUCUCAGUUGGUGCUAGAAGCACAAUGACAGAAAUGAAUGCGCAGAACAGUUCGCCGAGAACAGUACUAGAUCGAUUAGAGGGACAGUCGAAUAGUACAGAAGACGAUACUUUUAGCACGCGAGCAUCGAGCAUGAUAUAUACACCUUCAUCUGAUUCGAAGAUUAAGAGAAAAUCGAAGUUGAGAAAAUCGCAAUUCUCAUUCAGGUUCAUAAUGUCAUUCCUUGGUUCACCAUUCAGAUUAAAGAGCUUCAAUGUGUCGAAAAAUGAAAUACAUCAUCAACCCUUGUUGAAGUGCUUCAGCUAUGAAGAUAUUUGCAAUGCUACUGAUCACUUUCACCAAGAUAAUUUGGUUGGUAGAGGAGGGUACUCAGAAGUAUAUAAAGGUGAUCUUUGUGAUGGAGAAACCAUUGCUGUGAAGAGGUUAGCCAAAGACAACAAAGAUCCAAACAAGGAGAAAGAGUUUCUUAUGGAGUUGGGUGUUAUUGGACAUGUCUGUCAUCCGAAUACGGCGAGCUUAUUAGGCUACUGCUUUGAAAAUGGACUCUAUCUGAUUUUCAGUUACUCUCAAAAUGGAAACUUGUCAACUGCGUUGCAUGGUAAAGCAGGAAAUUCACUUGACUGGCCAAUAAGGUACAAGAUUGCUAUUGGAGUUGCAAGAGGUCUCCAUUAUCUUCAUAAAUGUUGCAAACAUCGAAUAAUUCAUCGUGACAUUAAAGCCUCCAAUGUUCUUCUUGGUCCUGAUUAUGAACCACAGAUUACAGAUUUUGGACUUGCAAAGUGGCUUCCUAACAAAUGGACUCACCAUGCUGUAAUCCCGGUGGAGGGGACCUUUGGAUAUUUAGCACCCGAGGUUUUUAUGCAUGGGAUUGUAGAUGAGAAAACUGAUAUUUUCGCAUUCGGUGUUCUUCUUUUGGAGAUCGUAACCGGAAGAAGACCUGUUGAUUCAUCAAAGAAAAACAUUCUCCUAUGGGCAAAGCCUCUAAUGGAAUCAGGAGAUAUUGCUGAGCUGGCUGAUCCAAGAAUGGAAGGUAAAUAUGAUACCGAAGAAUUGCAUAGGGUAAUCCUAACAGCUUCAUACUGUGUCAGACAAACUUCCACUUGGCGUCCUGCCACGACCGAGGUGUUGGAGAUGUUAACUAGUGGCCAAGACUAUAAAAUCGGAAAUAGUGGGAGAAUUGCAAACUUCAGUUCUGAUGAAUUGGAUGAUUACUCUAUGGUUUUUGGAUACAAUGUACCUUCGGAAAUAUCGCUAGAGGAUUAUUUGUGAGGAUGUAAUGUAGUUUAGUUUCGAAGUUUGUUUGACUAUGAUUUGAGGUUUGUGAUAGGAGUGUGUGUAGUAAUGAAGAUGUACAUCAGAAAUUGGUUCAUUAUUUUUGUAACUUAAAUAACAUAUUGGAAGUGUGAGAGAAUGUGAAAGCAUAAGAACAAUUAUCAUAAUGGAUGAUCAAGAUUUUGACUA